AUGUCAUUUCUAGGCAAUUUACGUUUAAAUGUUGUAUCAACUGCACCGGGCGAUACCGAUAUACCUCUUGCAUCAGUUCCCACUGCAAUUCUGCAUAACUGCAUAAGACUAUUGGCAUCCGUCGAAUCGAAGAGGCCUGCUGCUUCUCACGACGAAGAAGGGCAGGGCGACGAGAACAAACACUUCAGCAACCCGACGUCCCGAAACCUAGAAAUUUAUUAG